AUGGCGGCAUCAAAGCCCGUCCUCGAUGGUUUAUUUGCCGUCAACAAGCCUACAGGCAUGAGUUCCGCACAGGUCAUCCGAGACUGCCAAGAGCAAUUCAAUCCUUCUACGUUCUUCAAGCCCAUGAUCGACGAGCAGAGAGCCCAGAGAGGUCAAGAAUCAAACACCAAGAAGCGGCGGCGCGGUUAUGGCAAGAACGACAUCAGAGUCAAGAUGGGUCAUGGCGGCACUCUGGAUCCUCUCGCCACGGGUGUGCUCAUUCUCGGACUUGGCAAGGGCACCAAGUCGUUGCAAUCAUUCCUAGACUGUACCAAGACCUACGAGACGGUCGUUCUUUUUGGCGCCAGCACGGAUACCUAUGACAGAGUCGGCAAGAUUCUCAAGAAGACGUCAUACGACCACAUUACAAAGCCAAUGGUUGAGGAAGCACUGAACGGCUUCCGCGGUAAACUGCAGCAAAUGCCGCCGCUUUACUCGGCCCUCAAGAUGGAGGGAAAGCCGCUUUACGAAUACGCCCGUGAGGGCAAGCCGAUCCCGCGCGAGAUUGCCACUAGAGAAGUCACGGUAACUGACUUGGAGUUGGUGGAAUACUACGAGCCGGGCACCCAUGACCACCGAUGGCCCGCUGAAGACGCCACGCAAUUCGAGAAGAGCUUUGCUGAGCAGGUCUGGAAGAUUGAAAAGGACCAAAUGACAAAAGAGAAGCGCACUCCCGAAGAAGAGGAGGAAGAAAAGGCGGCGCUGGAGCGCUAUGAGCGAGUAAAGCAAAAGGCCGAUGAGAGGGUUGACGAACUGGUGUAUGACAAGAACAACAAGCGUCACAAAAAGGACAAGAGCCCACCCAUGAUGAUGUCGGGAGCUCUGGGCGACCACCCUCCGGAGAAGAAGCAAGGCAAGGGAUCGAACCUGCUCCCGCCUCCGCAUGAUCCCAACACGCCACCUCCGUGGACCGACAAGGGUCCUCCUGCAGCACGCAUUCGCAUGACUGUGACCUCGGGCUUCUACGUGAGAAGUUUCUGUCACGACCUGGGAGCCAAGAUUGGCUCGAGCGCCAUGAUGGCCGAACUGUCGAGAUCGCGGCAAGGUGACUUUAAGCUGGGCACGGAGAACUGCCUCGAGUACCAUGAUAUCAUGAAGGGCGAAGAGGUCUGGGCUCCCCAGGUCGAGGCUGCCCUCAUGCAAUGGCACGAAAAGUCCAAACCCGGCGCUGCACAGGCACCAAAGAGAGCAGAGCCUGUGACUUCGCCCAAGCUCAAGUCCAUUGAGAGCCCGCCAGCCAAGCGCAAGGCCUCCGAGGAGCCUGCGAGCGAGGAGGUCGCACCAAAGAGGAAGAAGUCCAAGUCUGCCUCUCCUCAGCCGCGAAAGAAGACCGAAAAGGACACUGAAGAAGAGUGGAAGGGGUUCGAUGACCCCGCAGUUCCGCAACAGGAUGGCGCCAAGGCAUGA